UUGUGUCGGUUGCGGUGAACACGGCAGAGAACAAGUUGAGGGCGUCGCGCCAGUGAUCACGCCGAGUCGCACGCGCUCAGAUCGUCGGUCCCGAGUGGAUGUCUCUAAGCAACAUAGUUUACGUGAUUUUCGAAAACAAAAAUAGUUGAAUAGAUAACACGUAUGCGUAUAUAAUGCGAUAUAUGAUAUAACGAGUAUCAAUAUUCAGUAGUGUUUUUGUUGUUGUUGUCGUAAUUUUUUUUUUUUAAAUUUCUCAAUUUAUUUGUUUAAUUGUUAUUUUCGAUUACAAAAAUUGUGGAGGAAAUGUUCUUUAAAUUUAACGUCAGUGAUUCGGUCUGUACUUAACGGAUAUCCCGACACCGGGAUUUUCAUUUUGGAUCAAAGUGGUCAAAUGACGUUAUCUUCAUGAAAGGGACAUCCGGACGACGACGACACCAAGCCCAAUGAGAUCACAAUGUUGCUGACAUUUCUACUGGCAGCCGCGCUGUGGAACUGCAAUUGCUGGUGGAAUGCCGCCAAUAUUUACACUUUCGCCGUGCAACCCGGAUAUUUGGACUUUGACAAUUUACCGGACACGAAUUUCUCAUGCGACGGCAAAGUCAUCGGAGGUUAUUACGCAGACGUGGAGACCGGCUGUCAGAUGUUCCAUGUUUGCACCAUUGGCCAAAAAGCUGAAAUCACCGAUAUCAAAUUCUUAUGUCUAAACGGGACGGUAUUCGAUCAGGAGACCAGGGUAUGCGAACGUUUGGACGAAGUAGAUUGCAGCAGGAGUGAAAGUUUCUUCGAUCUUAACUUGGAACUGUACGGAAACAACGGAGCGGGCUAUGGGAUUGCACCGGAAGAACCGCCGGAACAGGAACCAGUGCAGUGUAACGUGGACGAAGAAGAGUGUUCCGGGACGCCCGACUACUUCGACGAGGAAAUGACCACGGUCGCGGGGCCAGUAGGCGCGCUGGCAGCCACCGUGGCGGUCACUGCCGCGACGACGACCACCACGACGACCACGAGCACCACCACGACGACGCCGCGGACAACCACGACAAGCGCGGCCACGAGCACCAAGCGUCCGUCGCAGCCGAUAGCCAUGACGAGCACGCCGAAACCGACGCAGCAGCCGGCCGUCUCGUAUCCUACAAAUUCGCCGGAAACGAUAGCGGCCCUGAUAGCACUGCACAACGCGUUCCAGGAGAGCCUCAAGGAACGGGAACACGGACCCGGGCCCAAAGGGCAGCAGUCCCAUCACAGGUACCAUCCACCAUCGCCGCCGCCACCUCAACAACAGCAGCCCAAACCAUUUACGGUAUCCAACUUUCAACCACCCCGGCACUUCCCGUCCAAGGUGCCGCAGCAGCAUCUGCAACAGCAGCAGCAGCAACUGCAACAGCAACUGCAACAGCAACAGCAUCAGCAACAUCAUCUACAACAUCAACAGCAGCAGCAGCAGCCACCACCACCACCGUACCGACAUCAGCAGCAGCAUCUGCAACAGUCCCAACAACAGCAGCAGCAGCAGCAGCAUCCGGUUCUGUUGUCGUCUGAGCGGUUCGGAAACCAAAACUUCCGGCACGGCUUCCAGUUGCAAAACGGACCGCCGCCGCCGCCACCCGUGGACGAAUCGCCGCCUCCGUCAUCGUACCAACAGCAGCAGUACAAUGGAGACGGUGCACAGUACGACGGUAACUACGACGAAACGGUCGCGGCCGUCGGACUGGGCGACGAAGAGGACGUGGACGACGAAGAGUCUCGGAGGAACUUUGCUCGCGAAGCUCCCGAAUCUUCGGUCUCGGUUUCAGUGCAGGUCAGCUCGUCGUCGACUAAAAACAGUGCCAUCAACCAGCAGCAACAGCAACAGCAGCGGCCAACGCAGGUGGCUCCCGUCGCCGCUGCAGAGUCUGCGACGCCGUCCGCGACCACGACGACAACCACGGCGGCCACGGCCACGGCGGCCGAUCGGCCGUUCACGGACAAGCCGUCACUGCCGCAGCCUCCUCCUGCGGACGACGCCGACCCGAACGGUGGAGAUCUAUACGAGGACGAGUACGAAGAGUUGGAAGGCGACGAAGAGUUCUUCAAGGACGUGCCAAAACUGGGUCAAGACAGGAGACGGAGAUACGCAGUGGGCGGCGCCGGACGAGCGUAGUGAUAUGAUUAUGAUAAUAAUAAUAUUAUCGUUAUCGUUUCCAACCGUACGACGCGGGAACGGCCGCCAAAGCCACCGCGAGACGAUCGAACGCAGUUCAAAAUGUUUUUGCUCAAUAGUUUUGCGUCUGUUGUUAUGAUCACGACUAUACUAUACGCGAAUACGGCCAUUUUUUUCUCUUCUCGUCGUCGUUCGUAUAAUAUUCUUUUACGCCGACGUUCCUGAAUCCUACUGCUCCUCCUCCUCCUCAUCGUCUCUCUCUGAAACCCUCACUUCCUACUCCACCUCGUCCUAUCCACGAAUAAGGAAAAUGUAAAAGUGAUUUUUUUUUGUUUAUUUUUUUACUUACAUAUUUUAUGUAUAUUAUUUUUUUUACAAUUACGCUAAUGACAAUUAUAAUAUUAUUAUUAUCAAUUAUUAUUUUUGCAAUAAUUCUGUAAUGUAAAAGAAUAUGUCCCUUGCUAUUCCUUUAACUGUCGUGUAUAAUCAGGGCUCGGGACUAUUAGCACUCGCGUGUGUGGUAUUUUUUUUGUCACGGUUACGUUUUGAAUGCAAUAUUUUUCUAGACACAUAUGUUUCAUCGAACCAGUAGUAUUAAUUAUUUAUCAUCAUUUUAAAUACCUAAAUGUUUAUAGAUUUUACAGAAAAAUUAAGUUUGAGGUGAAGCGUACUACGUAUUUAAGUGAUAUAUUUUUAAAAAAGCGCUCAAGUCCCGACCCAUGAUUAUAAUAUUACGAUAUCAUACUGCUAACGUCUAUCGUGAGCGAUAUUGUUUUUUCUCUUUUUUUUAUGCGGGAGGGGAGGAACGAUUUAAUUUUGUAUACCAUUGUAUAAAUUAAUAAUAUAAAUCAUAUUGUACGAAUGAAAAUAUACAUGUUUCUUUUACACCCAACGCAUACGGAUAUUAAAAUAAAAGAAUAUAUAUUUAUAUAAAAUAUGUAAUAUUAUUCCGAGUUAACCAAGUAUAAUAUUUAGGAAUGUUACACACGUCGUACGCAUAUAACAAUAUAGUAUUAUAUUGUAAUUUUUUUACGCUUGAAAACAUAACAAUAUCAUAUAAUAUAUAUGUUAUCGAUGAUUAUUAAUUUUGUGUUUUUCCUCACAUAUGAUGGGUAAUCUAGACUGAUAUAUGUUAUUAUUAUUGUAUACUCGGAUUAUUGUGUUUAGUCUUAUGAAAAGCGUAUAAUAUACAAUAUUAAAAUUGCUUAAUCAUUUUUAGUAUAUAACA